AUGUAUUUGCCUACGUUUUAUAAGCUUGGUUACGAGGCUUGGACUGCCAAAAGCAAGAGAUUUUUAGGAAUACUACCCGCAGUUGGAUGUUGGGGUAAGCAAAAUAAAUGAUUCUUCUAGCUGUUUGGGCUCUCUAUCCCAAUUUGUAUAAUACAAUCUACACUGAUUUUAUCCCACCUCCUAAAGGUUUAAAUUAUUUGUUAUCUUAGGUGUCUAAAGAAGAGUACAAGAAUGA